GUGCAUCUCGGGGAAUUGGCCUUGAACUUACCAGGCAGCUCCUACAGUCGUCUUCCAACACCUGUCGCUCUUCUGCCACAGCCCUUGGCCUUGAAUCUUAAUGUCGUCAAAUCCAGUCCUGGGAUCCCUUAUUUCGUCCAAAUCGAUGUAAUGAACGAAGACAGUAUCAAGACUGGGUGUUCAAAAGUUCUCGAGCUUCUCGACGGCACUGGGUUGGACUAUAUCAUUAAUAAUGCUGCGAUCGUGCGUUUUGCUGUGUUAGCUUUUACAGGUUGUAUGAUGAUUCUGGCACUGCAGAACCCUCGUAGAGACUUGCUAUUUAGCUUCGAUCCAGCUGUGCUUGCAGAGACGAUCAAAUGUAAUGUCACAGGUCCAACACUGGUUACAUCCUUCCUUCUCCCAGCUAUGGAGAAUAGUAGCAGCAAAAUCAUCGUCAACAUGAGCUCCUCUCUUGCCAGUAUCAACUAAGAUCUCGGGCCCGAAUCAACCGGCUACAAUAUCAGCAAGGUGGGACUUGACGUACUCG